AUGGAGCCAUCGUCUUAUGGCAUCUUGUCUCCAAAGCCUAGCAACUCACGUCAAUUAUUAAUGCGAUUGGACGCCGUUGAAAACGAACUUGGAUUCCUUUUGGGCGAGUGUGCAACCAUCCACGUCAUGAUCCACUCGAGGCGCAACGUCUUCCGCAUAAGUGCCCCGACACAGUCGAGAUCUGCCGACAUUCAGCGCGAGAUCCUCAUUGACUACGACGAUCUGUUCUUCAAGGUGAAGCAGCUGGAACGCAAACUCGAAAGGCUCGAAACGGAACUCAAGGCUACACAACAGGAACAACAGCUGCAGCAGCAAUGGUGGCUCAACUAG